GUUUCAAACGACAUUAACAAACAGAGGUCCGCAACUCUCGGUUUAUAAUUCAUGAAACCCAAAAAUCUCCAUUGGCACCAAAACCAUAAUGCUCGUUAUGUUUGUCUCUUUGUAGACGUGAAAACUUCCUUAGAAAAAUUCAGCGAGGAAGAUCAAUGAUAUUGUAGGAUCCCCGUUUCAGAUUUCCCAACAAUUCUGUUUUCUUUCAUCAUUUUCAUGUGGUUUCUUCUGGAGGAAGCUGAUUUUGACGCCUAAUUGUCAGAGGCAGAGGGAGAGAGAGUUUGUGUGAGAGCUGAGCAAAGGAUCCUGUUUGAUGAUCUGGGUGUUUGUGGGAAGGUUUGAAGAUUUAAGAAAAGUUUGUAUCGAACAUUUAUUGGGCUAAGAUCAGAAAUGGGUGUUGAUUACUACAAAGUAUUGAUGGUGAACGGGAAUGCUACCGAUGAAGAUCUCAAGAAGGCUUAUAGGAGAUUGGCAAUGAAAUGGCAUCCUGACAAGAAUCCCACAAACAAGAAAGAAGCCGAAGCAAAAUUCAAGCAGAUCUCCGAAGCCUAUGAGGUAUUGAGUGACCCGCAGAAGAGGGCUAUUUAUGAUCAGUACGGUGAGGAAGGGUUGAAAGAUAUGCCACCAUCUGGCAGUGGUGGGUUCCCAUUUGGAAAUGGCUGUGGGGAAAGUGGGUUCAACCCUAGGAAUGCAGAGGACAUUUUUGCAGAAUUCUUUGGAAGUAGCCCUUUUGGAUUCGGUUCUUCAGGACCUGGGAGGUCUAUGAGGUUCGCGUCUGAUGGCUCAGGGAUUUUUGGAGGGUUCAGUGGGAGUGACAAUGUAUUUCGAACAAAUAGUGAGGGCAGCAUGCCAAAGAAACCACCACCUGUGGAGAGCAAACUGCCAUGCAGCCUUGCAGAGCUUUACUCUGGAUCAACAAGGAAAAUGAAGAUUUCAAGGACUGUUGUUGAUGCUAAUGGGCGACAAGUGCCAGAAACAGAGAUAUUGACCAUUGAUGUGAAGCCUGGAUGGAAAAAAGGAACCAAGAUCACUUUCCCAGACAAAGGGAAUGAACAACAUAACCAGCUCCCAGCAGACUUGGUGUUUGUGAUUGAUGAGAAACCCCAUGAUGUAUACAAAAGAGAUGGCAAUGACCUCAUUGUGAACCAAAGAGUGUCGUUGGCCGAGGCUCUGGGAGGGACCAUGGUUAAUCUCAUCACGCUUGAUGGACGUAAUCUAUCAAUUCCGGUGACUGACAUUGUGAGCCCCAGUUAUGAGCUUGUAGUUGCAAGAGAGGGAAUGCCAAUAGUGAGAGAGCCAGGUAAUAGAGGCGAUUUAAGGAUAAAAUUUGAGGUGAAGUUUCCUACGAGAUUGACACCUGAGCAAAGAGUAGCACUUAAGCGUGCUUUGGGGGGUUGAGUUGAGGACUUUGUUAUCUUUUUUCUACAUGUAUUUUGACUCUACUUUGGGGCAUCAAUGGAACCCACUCCGAAAAAAUUAAAGUUGCAUUAUAUCCAAGAGAUCCACUUUGGUGUUUGAACACUCGAGAGAUGCCAGCGUCCUGAGAAAUUAUUCCCAAAUACCUUUCCUCUUUAUAUUUUACUGAAUUUUACCCGGCUGUUGUGCUAUGUAUCCUUCUUUCUUU